UUGCGCUGGUGUGGAGGCGGCGGCGGGCUUGCUUGCUGUCGUCUGGCGGGAGGGCAAGGAGUUGAGCGGCGGCCCGGGCCGACAGGCAGAGGCAGAGGCCAGAGUUAGCGGGGGCAGCCUGGAGGCGUCGCAGCCGACAUUGUGCGAGGGGCAGUGAGAGAGAGCGAGAGAGCAGGCGGGCGGGCUGCAGCACCCGAGCCAAAGGCGGCUGCUUUGUGCGGUUUUCUCACGCCAGGAGCCCGCUUUAAGACUAUGGGCGACCGGGAGCGCAGAGAGCGCGGCUCGCUCACACUGACGGGUUUGACCGGGUUCGUGGUCUCUUCUUGACAUGGGCGGGGAGUGACAGUGAGCGUUGGUUUGCAAUAUAUAUAUAUAUAUUCAAUAUAAACAGCUUAGGGAAGGAGUUAAGGGUAGAAAACCAAAACAAUCAAAAGGGGACGCAGCAGAAACUCCCAACAGUUGACCCUGUGAGCGGAUCGAAAGAAGCAAACAUGAUAAACAAGUGAUUUAAUCUUUUUUUGUUUUCUUUGUGUAGGGCGAUGUCAGGAAACCGGGUAAAGGUUUGCCACCAUGGUGUUGAUUGAACCCGAGUCUUUGAUAAAGUCAGAAAUGCCCUUUGCUUGGUAUUUUGUUUGUUUCUGCCCAUGUGCCAAUGAGCCGCGCCAUGUAGUUGAUGUGCCAGUGCAAUCCUCUUUCUCUUGUAUUGUCUGUCCUUAAAGCAAAAACUAAAAAGGAAAAAAAAAUACAAUCACCUACUCCAAUAUGUUUGAAGACAACUGUGUCAGAGGCUGCAGGUAGACUUUUCAGGCUGUUUUUUGUGUAAAAAGGCAAAAACCUGGCUUGUAUGUAAACAUGGGAUCUGGCUGCAUCAUUUCUGUGUCAUCCUUGGGCACACAUGAAUUACAGUUAGGUGUUUAAUUUGUUGGUUAGAUCCAUUGGUAUCCAUCAUUGUAAUCUAGUUUUAGUUCAACGGGUUAAAAUUUAGCUCUAAUUUGGAUUGCUUUGGUUUGUAGGUUUUGUUAAUGUGAAUUAAAAAGUGAGUUUAAUUCCCUGCACUCUGAUGUGACCAUAGGGGCUCUGAUGUGAUAUAUAGGGGCUGCUAUCAUGACUGGACUCUGGCCAACAUUUAUCCUAAGUUUUUGCACAACACAGUUUUAGAGUUUCUGGACUAGUAGUUGUGGUAGUUAUUUUUUAAGUUAGUGCUACCAGACAUGUUCUGUUGUGCUGUUUUCUUUUGAGAGAAAUUGCCCAUGUUAGAUUCUGUCAGUUUUUCGUAAACUAAAUAGAGGGUUGACACACACCUAAACAAAAUGGGUGACCCACACUCUCGGAAGAACCAGACUUUAAAUCGACUGCGUGCUCAACUUAGAAAGAAGAAAGAAUCUCUGGCAGAUCAGUUUGAUUUCAAGAUGUACAUUGCCUUUGUAUUCAAAGAUAAGAAGAAAAAGUCGGCACUAUUCGAAGUGGCUGAAGUGGUACCAGUUAUGACCAAUAACUAUGAAGAAAAUAUCCUCAAAGGUGUACGGGAGUCCAGUUACUCCCUGGAUAGUUCCAUUGAGCUGCUGCAGAAGGAUGUAGUGCAGCUUCACGCACCCCGCUACCAAUCCAUGCGCAGGGAUGUAAUUGGCUGUACACAGGAGAUGGACUUUAUCCUUUGGCCACGGAAUGAUAUAGAGAAGAUGGUCUGUCUCCUGUUCUCCAAGUGGAAGGGUACAGAUGGUGAGCCUUUCAGGCCUGUUCAGGCCAAGUUUGAGUUUCAUCAUGGCGAUUAUGAGAAACAGUUUCUGCACUUACUUAGCCGGAAGGAUAAGGCAGGACUCAUCGUAAACAACCCUACCCAGUCCAUCUUUCUGUUCAUUAAUCGUCAGCACUUGCAGACUCCAAAAACCAAGGCCAUAAUUUUCAAGUUAUGCAGUGUCUGUCUUUACCUGCCACAGGAUCAGCUCACCCACUGGGGAGUUGGAACCAUUGAGGACCACCUCCGUCCCUACAUGCCAGAUUAGGGGCAUCGGCCAGCAAUAUAGGGAAAACCAAAAGAGUCAACAACAGUGAACUUGUAUUUCAUCUUUAUUCCUGAGUUUAAGAUGAUUAUCCACUCGUGAAAAGAACAGUCUGUUACAAAGCAUACUCCACAUGAAAUUUUCUUUCUAGUCAUGCAUAGCUCAGAACUUUACUUUUUUUUAAAUUACUGCCUGCACAUUCACCAAUAGGCUACUUAGAUCUGCAUUGUCAGCUCCACAUGGAAAACAAAGGUGAAAUUUGAAGAUUGUUGUGCACUGCGUACAUACCUGAAAAGUACAUGAUUAAUCUGAUUUGUGCUGGUUAUGUAACCUGAUGCUCUGCAUUGUUUUAAGAUGUAAUCUUGGGUGAGUUCUGCAUUUGAUAAAGAUUUCAUCAAUUAAAGGAUUCAACUUGGAUGUAUUGUACGAAUGAAGGGCUUUAAACCUCAAUAACACAUGGUCCUGACAUGCAUAGCUAUUGGGCACAUACUGUUCAUAAGAGGAUGGCAAGCAACUGAAAGAAGUAGCAGGGGGAGAAAUAUAAAUGUACCCAUUUUGGUAUCUGUGUAAUGUAGGCUGUCAUAACCAUAUGGUCUACAUUUGAGUUUGCUGGCAUGUUCUUUUUGGAUCUCAUUCCCUAAGUUGCUAUAUAAAUGUACAAAGGAGUUUUUCUUCUAUUCUUUGGGGAGAUUUUAGCAGGUUAAUAAUGGGUAGACUCAGCAAAUAACUGGAGUCUAAAGUAGCGAAACAGCUACAAGAUUGUCACUGAAGUUCAAUGUUACUGGAAUUUUAAAAAGCCUUCCUGUAGCUGAAGUAGCUUAUUUACCUAGAAGGGGAGAUUGGGACUAAAAACAAAUGAAGGUAGAAAGUUUUUGACGGUGUAAAAAUAUGCUGGUUGCUGAUACAACUGUGUAAAGAUAAUAAAAUAAUGAAGAAAUACCAUACUUGCAUUCAAGAAAAUGCACCUAAAAUUGCUUCUUUAAAAAAUCUUCUGGAGUGUUUCAAUUGGGUUAUUAAGGGCAUUACUUGUAAGACUUGAUUUUGAACUUGUGCAAUUAAUGCGAGGCAGGCUGCCGAAAAGAAUCAGAGGGGGAGAAAAGCAUUUCUCUGGAGCUGUAAGAAUUUUGAGCUUUCUGGGGUUAUUUAUGCAUGCCUGCCACUUCAGUUAAGAACAGUGCUAAUCAGUAGCAAAUUUGUAUUCACCUUCUGUUGAAAUUGGGAAAAUGAAAAUAAAUCUUUACUCCAUA